AUGGCCAAAGAAGCCGAACAAAGCUGCGGUGUAGGGCCAGACCAAGCUCAUCCCCUUCCUACCAGCAACAGCCCUUCUUCUCAAGAUUGGCCUCAUCAGGGUGUCCCGAUUGGAAUUGAAGUCAACAUGAAAGGUCGGACAAUUUACCGCGAUUGCACGGCUGGUGAGGGCGUCACCCAAAUCAAUGGGGCAUACAUCGAAAAUGACCCGGAUCUCCUUAAUCGAAUGGCGAUGCAGCCAUCUGGACCUCACUUCAACUAUGACCACAUUGGUCAUGCGAAUUCCACAGCUUCGUCAUACAUAACUCAGACACUGAGUUCCACCGACAAUGCUCUCCUGUACAUCAAUUGUACAAAAUCUGGGACUGGCGAUCAACACAAUAAUCUUGACGCCACUUACGAUGGAGACGUGUAUGGUACUCCGUCUAUGCACGCCUACUAUUUCGGUUGCGCCGUGCUACCAAGCCAAGGGCAGGGUCAAACAUCAACUGGGCAAAGGCAAAUUAAUGGGCCCAGCUUGAGAAGGCAGAAAAAGACCAAUGCGGAGGACUCAUGA